AUGGGCGACACGGAACAGUUUGAGUUCAGCUUCCGUCCUCAAGAUGAUUCCACUCUCUCUCAAUUGAACGUUGCAAAAUGGAAAGCGGUUCUUGCCCACAAUCGGGAGGUCGAGUUUGUAUGGCUACAGUUCUUGCUUGUCGAGGGGUCUACUCGAAUGAGAAUGAUACCCGUGUCAUAUUUCUCUAAGAUGAUAGAGGAAAACCGAAACCUGAGCCUCUCGUCUGCCCAUCUUCAUCUUCUACGGAAUGACCAUGUUACCGGGGAAGCAGCCCCUACUGGUACGAUGUAUCUGGCCCCAGAUAUCUCUACUGCCUUCGUCCCCGCUCGCGAGAGCUCACGGGUUCAAAUUCUUGCAAAUAUUGUCAAUGAAAAUCAAAUUCCACGACCAGAGUGCCUGCGUUCGAAAUUGGUCAAUUUAUCUGACAUUUUGUCUCAUUUACACGGCUUUGAUAUUCUAGUCGGGUAUGAAAUCGAGGUCAUCUUCUUCAAGAACGAAGACAAGGACGGUAAAGAUCCCAUUUCAAGUCACAAGCUAUGUGGCAUGAUAUCUGGUAUGCGGCCCAUCUUGUCUAUGGUGGAAUCGAUUGUCAGGACAUUGAACGAGGAACAAAUCUUGCUUGAGCAAUAUCAUGCGGAAAUGACACCGGGACAGUGGGAAUUUGUGCUCCCUCCUAGAUCUCCGCUGGAAGCUGUUGAUACUCUGAUGAGGGCUCGCGAGAUUAUCUCCACCAUAGCAGAUGACCAUGGAUACCGCGCCACAAUGCAUCCCCGUCCAUUUCCUGAGCAUGGUGGCUCAGGAGCGCACUUGCACCUCUCCGUGAACUCCUCGAUUUCCUCGGAGCCCGAGCACACGGACCCAUUCUUUGCCGGAAUUAUCAACCAUUUUCCAUCUUUGAUGGCUUUUUGUCUUCCGUUGGAUAUCUGUUAUGAGAGGGUGGCCACUGGAAUCUGGAGUGGGGGGAGUACAUCAGUUGGGGUUGGGAGAAUAAAGAAACACCAUUACGACGAGUUGCGAACAAUCGAUUCGAGCUGA